GUGAGCUAACCCAAGGGUGAGGUUUGCGCAUGUGUGAACUUCCUUUCGCCGCGUUCGCCCUCGGAUGCCGCGGGUGUCACCGAGCCGUCUGCCCCUGCUAGUCUCCGCGCUGCCAGCCUGGCUGGACGUAGGCUCUGGAGAAGCCCUGAGAAAUAUCCGGGCAGUAGCCGGGGAGCAGGAUGUCCCCAGGCUCCCCCGCGCCCCCGACUCACCCGGGCUGCCUGGGCCUGUGGAGGGAGGAAAACGAUCGACUGGUCCGGCAGUGGAGGCAGGUGGUGGCUCAGGGCUCUGGACAGUCCUUGAAGCAACAGGCUGCUCAUCAUGUCCUUGGGGGAUUCAGGGGGCUUCUCCACAAGUUGCAGGGGCUGCCUUCAGCUCUUUCUGUCCUUCCUCUGGAGCUGACUGUCCUGGGUAAUACCCUCACCCUGGAGGUUAGCUUGGCCCAGCGAUUCAUGAAGGAUCAUGCUUUGGACAUCCAGCGGGGCCUGGAAAGGGUGCUAAAUGCCCAAGGGAUGCCACUGCCCCAGGAAGGGGACUUAUGGAAGACCAUCUUUCAAAACCCCUUCAUACCUUCUGAGAUGUUAUCCCCCCUACAUCACUUGCUGGGCCUACAAGGGGCCAUGUGGCUGACAGAUAACCGUCCCGGAGAUCUAGCUAUACUCUUAUGUGCCAUGAUGAAUAGCCAGUACAAAGAGAGUGGGGUUCCUCUCCUUGGACUUACUGAGGACCUGCUGUCACUGCUAAGUGUGUGGGACCCCUGCUUUGAAGAGUUGGAUGCUCCAUUGACCCUACAGGAUGCCAGGAGUCUGAGGGAUGUCCUUCUUACAACAGCUGCUUUCCACCAAGGUCUUCAAGAGCUUCAUGUGGGGAACUUGCCAUUAGCCUUGAGCAGCUUGCAGAAAGCAGCAUUCAGCCUGUGCCCCCGUUCCGUGCUGACUCAAGUUCACACAGCUUUGGGAGCCUGUCUUCGGAAAAUGGGCCAUCCACAGAGGGCACUGCUGCAUCUUCUCGAAGCUCUAAAGGCAGAUCCGGGCCAAGGGCCCCCUCUCCUGGAGGCUGCCAGACUCUAUCGACAGCUCGGCCACACUGCAUCUGAACUGGAGAGCUUAAAGCUACUGGUGGAGGCUUUGAGUAUCCCUCACAGUCCCAGGACACCCUUAUUCUCUAUUGGGGUAGAACUUCUGAUCACUCCACCCAGUCCUGCCUCCUCUCUUUACUGUGGGACCCAGAGCCAGGUCAAGCACAUGCUGGCAAGCAGGUGCCUCCAGACAGGCAGGAAUGAGGAGGCCGUGGAGCAAUAUCUGGACCUGUUGGCCUUACUGCUGGAUGGAUCAAUGUCACAGGGCAUGCAGUGUUCUGUGUUCCUGUCUGGUGGUUCUCAAGCUCCUCGUGUACCCGAGGUCUUCUUGGAAACAGCAGCAGCACUGAUUAUUGUGGGUAGAUUCCAAGAUUCACUGACUGUCUGUGAAGAGCUGCUUAGCCGGAUAUCGCUUUUGGUUCCCCAGAAACUGUGGCUGGGUCAAGGGGGGCCUAGCCUUAGGCCUGUUCUAUCCACAGUCCCACCUCUCUCUGAGAACCCCUCAGAGGAUCUGUUCUGCCUGUUGUGGGCUUCAGCUGCCCACCUGCUUCAGGGUCAGGCCCAUUCUGGGCUGGGGGCCCGGAAAGAAGCCCUGGAGGAAUUUAGCAGGUGCCUUGAGUUACUCUUCCGGGUGCAGCCUCUGGACAGAGUUGUAGAUCAAGGUGCAGGUGGAGAUAUAGACCAAGGUUUGAGUGGAGAUGUUAUCUCCAGCAGUGAAGAUGAGCUCCCUUCAGAGAUCUGCCUACAUAGGAAGGUUCUUCAGAGGCUGAAAGCAGUGACAUUAAUUAGCCGAGGGCUGGAAUGGGUAGCAGAAGGCCAGGAUGCCCGGGCUCUACAGGAUUUCCUCCUUGGUGUGCAGGUUUGCCCAGGUGACCGAAAUGCUUCCUUACAUCUGCUGCGUGUCCUGUGGAGGCUAGAACGGAGGGAAGAGGCCGUUGCAACCUAUCAGAGGCUAGAGGCCGAGGCAGACCAGGAACAGGGUGACUCUGAGGGUCUUCUCCCCCAGUACUUAGAGUCCUGUAUGAACCGGAUUCAAAUCACUGAGCAGGAGUCCCUCUUGCAAGAGCUUCGGAAAUCACUGCAGAGGCCCACAUGCCCUUAGUGGGCAUUCAGUCCUGGCUUCCCAGGGAUCUUCUCUAUUUGGGCCUCUCGCUUAGUUCAGCCUAGGGGAGUGGCUGAGACUUCAGGAAGGUUGGAGAAAGCUAUGUCCUUGGUCUCUUGGUUGGUCUUUUUGGUCAUUCUCCUUCAACACUCAAAGGAGAAGGAAGAAUAGGGUAAAGAGAUAAGUAAUCAGGGAUCACUCUGUCCCCUUCCUGUCUGUCUAGGUGUCAGUCUUCUAUCACUGUGUUUUUUGGUACUUUUCCUUUUUUCCAGUAAAAUCUUCCAUUGGUCUGUCUGUCCCUACUGUUGUCUUUGGCAUAUAAGUGCUGGUGUCUGGACACAGCCCUUUAUCUGAUUGAUAGAUUCUGAUGAUAAUGGAAAGACAGUCCCUAUUCUCCAAGGGAUUUUCUCUUGGAAGUAGAGAUUUCCCCUAUCCUUUUUUCUUUUUUUUUUUUGGUGAGGCAAUCAGGGUUAAGUGACUUGCCCAGGGUCACACAGCUAGUAAGU